AAACAAACAAAGCACAACCGUGGGUGCCUGCAACCAUGACCGGCGUGCACUACUCCUCGUCAGAGCAGCCGCUGCCGCCGAUCUGCCCGUGGACAAUGUCGUGAGGCGUGGCUCGGAAACGCUCCGGGGAUCCUGUCAGCCGAAACGACACACAGUGGAGAGGGGUGGUGGUGGUGGUGCUGGUGCUGGUGGUGGUGGAAAAAAUGUCCGCCUCAGUGGGGCCCCAGGGCGGCCCUCGCCCACCCACCGUGCCGCCAUCCAUGCCGGAUCUGCCGGACCUGAGCCACCUUACUGAGGAGGAGAGGAAGAUCAUCAUGGCAGUGAUGGCUCGGCAAAAAGAGGAAGAGGAGAAAGAGCAAGCCAUGUUAAAAACACUGCACCAACAGUUUGAGAGCUACAAACAGGAAGUGCGUCGCAUCGGGGCGGAGACUCGACGUCAACAGACCCAGCAGAAGGAUGACACGCCCACCUGUGGGAUCUGCCGCAAGACAAAGUUUGCCGAUGGCUGCGGCCACCUUUGCUCCUACUGCCAGACCAAAUUCUGCGCUCGCUGCGGAGGCCGCGUCUCCCUGCGCUCCAACAAUGAGGACAAAGUGUGUCUCAUAGUGAAGGACAGGGUAAUGUGGGUAUGCAACCUGUGCCGUAAGCAGCAAGAGAUUCUCACCAAAUCAGGAGAAUGGUUUUCGGGCUCAGGGGUGCGGCCUGGGAGCCUGAACACCUCCUUGGGUGACCCAGCCAUGGGAGGUGAGGCCCAACGGGACAGGAAGCUUCUCCGCUCCAGGUCCCAAGCACCACCUGCUAGCACUAACGCCAACGCAGGGGCCCCAGACAGGACGCAACAUCCACCUGGUGUCACCACUGCCAAGGGUGCUGACACUAUGCCAGGUUCCCGCUCACAAAGUGAACCUCCAAGAGAAAAGAAAAGACCUGUGUCCUACCAUGAGCAAAAUGGGAAGGAUGGCAUGGGACGUGGUACUGGUCGGAGGACUGCUGGGAAGUUGCCAUCUCAGUCGUCCUUGGAUGAGCGGGUGGUUCCUAUGGAUCGAGGAGAGAGACGAUUGGGAGAAGUACGGAGGCUGGAAAAGAUCCAUUCUCAAGACUAUGAGGAUAGAGAAGAGGGCUUAUCCUGCUCAGCAUCACUUCGGAGGCGCCUAGAUGAUGAUGAGCGAGAGCGCCAGCGCCAUGAAGAGGAGUUCCAGAAUCGCUACCGUAGUGACCCAAACCUAGCUCGAUACCCAGUGAAGCCACAGAAGGAAGAACAGGAGAUGCGCAUGCAUGCUAAGGUGUCCAAGGUCCGCCAUGAACGACGACACAGUGACCUGGCGAUUAACGAGGUUGGAUUGGGGCCUGGCGAGGGAGGGGGAGGAGGUGGAAGUGGAGGAGGAAGUGCAGGGGAGGUUCCUGAAAAUCGUCUGUGCAGGAGGGUUGGAAGUGGUGAGGGUGACCGCAAGACCCACUUGGAGAACCAUCGUGCCUGCUCUGUGGCUAGGACCUUGGGGGUUGGAGGGGGAGCACCAUUUGUUAGUAGUGGCAUGAUAGCUGGGCCUCAACCUGGGGGUCAGAUGCCUCCAGACUGGGGCUCAAACAAGGGUCGUCUAGAGGCUGGCCAGACACGGACAACCAGGGACAAGGGUGGUGAUAAUUUGCCAAGGAAAGAGUCACAGAGCUCAGAACAGUCGGAGUCUUUGCGGCCGCCCCCUCCACGAUCAUACAAGAACAAACGUGGCGUCAAUAAGAGGCAGUUGUCCAUCAGCAGCUCAGAGGAGGAGGGCGGCUCUACUCCUGAGUACACCAGCUGUGAGGAUGUGGACAUGGAAAGUGUCAGCGAGAAAGGUGAUUGGGAUUGUCAUCCUCUGGAUCCUGCUGUGUGGCGUCAUCCAGUUUCAUGGCAGCCGUCGAAGGAGGGUGACCACCUAAUCGGACGCAUCACAUUAAGCAAGCGGUCGGCAAUGCCUCGGGAGGCUGGCUCCCUUCUCGGCCUAAAGGUGGUUGGAGGGAAAAUUACAGAAACGGGGAGACUUGGGGCUUUCAUCACCAAAGUCAAGAAAGGAAGUCUGGCAGAUGUGGUGGGACACCUACGAGCAGGUGAUGAGGUACUGCAGUGGAAUGGGAAGUCGCUGCCCGGAGCAACCAAGAAAGAAGUGUACAACAUUAUCCUGGAAUCCAAAGCUGAGCCCCAAGUGGAAAUUGUUGUCUCAAGACCCAUUGGAGACAUUCCAAGAAUCCCAGAGUCAUCCCACCCUCCUCUAGAAUCUACAGGCUCGAGUUCCUUUGAGUCGCAAAAGAUGGAUCAUCCGUCUAUAUCAGUGAUGUCUCCUACUAGCCCCGGGACCCUGCGAGACCUUCCUCUGGUACUGCCUGGACAGCUUUCUGUGAAGCUGUGGUACGAUAAAGUCGGCCAUCAGCUGAUCGUCAACGUCCUUCAAGCCAUAGAUCUGCCUCCUCGACCAGACGGACGACCUCGAAACCUGUACGUCAAGAUGUACUUUCUACCUGAUAGGAGUGAUAAGAGCAAACGGCGGACAAAAACAGUAAAGAAGAGCGCCGAGCCCAAAUGGAACCAAACCUUCCUCUAUUCUCAUGUUCACCGGAGGGACUUCAGAGAACGCAUGCUGGAGAUCACUGUGUGGGACCAGCCCAGGAGCCAGGAGGAGGAGAGUGAAUUCCUGGGCGAGAUCCUGAUAGAAUUGGAGACAGCUCUGCUGGAUGAUAUUCCUCAUUGGUAUAAACUACAGACCCAUGAUGUGUCUUCUAUACCUCUGCCACAGCCCUCCCCAUACCUUCCACGCAGACACGCCCAUGGAGACAGUCCCAGCAAGAAACUACAGAGGUCUCAACGUAUCAUUGACACAGAGUUUGAUGAUGGUUUGAUGAUAGUGACUGAAGGUGCAGAGCAUAACUCCAGGGAGCGAGAGAGGGGCAGUACGCUGGCUGUGCCCGAGCAGCAGCGGCCUGUCCAGCACCGAUCCCGUUCAGUGUCACCUCACAGAGAGGACUCCUGCAGAGGUCGCUCACGGCCCACACAUGUGCCCAUGCAAAGGAGUCUGGAUGAGAUCCACCAGAAUCGCCAUCCGUCUCACUCCCCAUCCCGCUACCACAAGUCUCACUUGGAGCACCAACGCUCGGGUGACUCGGACUAUGAGUACUCUGAGGACAGUGAGAUCCUGGAGAUGCACAGGUCCGUCCGGGGCGGGAGUGCCGAGUGCCUGCACACAAACAGGGGUGUAGGUAGAUACAGCAACACCCUCCCCCCCAAAAUGCCCCUGUUAGUAAACGGUAUCCAUAAAGACAUUUACAGCUCCACCCUUCCUGCAUACGUUAAGAGCAGGCUGGCACACAAGCAGGACGAGGGCGGCGCCAUACCUCGUAGCAUCCUCACACACCGCGUGCUCAGAUUCACUGAUGAGGUCACAGUUAGUGACCUGCAGCCCUCGUUGGACAGAGUGAGGAGCGCCAGCACCACAUGUCUGAGACCAGACACCAACUUUCACUCAUCUGACAGAGACAGGUGCUCCAACACUUUUCCCCUCAAGACUCCCCCGAACCCCAGGAUCUUAGUAGAACACGUGGCCCCUGAAGAAGACAGCAGGCAGUGUAACAAUUCAUCAAGUCCAAACGGUCAAAGACACGACAAAAAAGAGCUGGAGGGUGACAGUCGUAUCCAGCCCACCUCUAUCCUGAGGGGGAGUAGGGGGAGAGGGGCCCCACUGAGGCCCUUCAGUCAAACAUCCCUGGGUGGCUCCGCCCCUAACUCACCACGACAAGACAGAGCUCAUCUUCACGGCAGCCCCACUCCUCCUCCCUCAUCAGGUCGCAGGGGCAGGCAGCUGCCGCAGCUCCCUGCAAACAGCAGCAGUAUAGAGCAAGCCCUUGUAGUAGAAGAGCGAGCACUGCAGCUGCAAAUGAAAGUACAUUCCUACCGGCCUUCAGCCUCCCAUGAUCCCGAGACGGACCUCAAGACCAAACGGGAGAUGUACGCCGAGCAGAGGCGUAGCAGUGACAACAUGUCUGCCAGAUCAUCAGACAGUGAUAUGAGCGAUGUGUCGGCCCUCUCCCGUGCCAGCAGUGCCUCUCGUCUCAGUAGCACCAGCUACAUGUCUAUCCAAUCAGAACAACCCAGGGGACGAUUCAGUCGGCAUCUGCGGUCGUCGGGGGGCCGCAGUAUGCUGAAGAGCUCCAGUGUGAGCGGAGAGAUCUACACCCAGGAGCACACUGAUGGCAGCCAAUCAGACACGGCGUUGGGCACGGUGGGUGGCAGCAGCAAAAAGAGACGCUCCAGCCUCAGCGCACGGGUGGUGGCCAUCGUUGGCAACCGUCAUAGCCGCAGCACUUCACAGAUCAGUGGCCCUGAAGGGAAGACGAAGAAGGAGAAAGGUGCACCUAUCCAGAGGAGCACAGAGACUGGAAUGGCGGUGGAGCUGACCCGGAACAUGAGCCGCCAGCCCAGCAGAGAGUCCAACAACGGCAGCAUGAACAGCUACAACUCCGAGGGGAAUUUGAUCUUCUCUGGAGUCAAUCUGGGAGCCAGUAGUCAGUUCAGUGACUUUCUGGAUGGCUUGGGUCCUGCUCAGCUGGUUGGAAGACAAACACUGGCUACUCCUGCGAUAGGUGACAUCCAGAUUGGAAUGAUGGAAAAAAAGGGUCAGCUGGAGGUGGAGGUUAUCAGAGCCCGAGGACUCGUCCAAAAGCCAGGAUCCAAAUCCCUGCCCGCUCCAUACGUCAAGGUCUAUCUGCUGAAUAAUGGAGCAUACGUAGCCAAAAAGAAAACCAAGAUUGCCCGGAAAACACUUGACCCACUGUACCAGCAAGCACUGCUAUUUGAGGAAAGUCCUCAGGGUAAAGUCUUACAGGUGAUAGUGUGGGGAGACUACGGCCGCAUGGACCACAAAAGCUUCAUGGGAGUUGCACAAAUCCUAUUGGAGGAACUGGACUUAUCAAGCACAGUUAUUGGUUGGUACAAGUUGUUCCCCCCUUCCUCCUUGGUGGAUCCCACACUUGCCUCCAUAACACGGCGAGCUUCCCAAUCGUCACUCGACAGCACCCCUGCACCCCCUGGGGUCCGAUCUUAGUAGACCAACAUCUCUACACUGCUUGACGAUGUUAAACAAACAAACAAACAAAUGUGCUGUCGAGAGAAAAGAGAACUGAGGAAACGCUGAACACUAAUAAUCACACAGCCACAAUGAGAAAGCUUUGACGAGAUCUGACAAUCACUCCUGUCGUGGUUAUGUUUGUCUGUUGUAGAGGGCGCCAUAUGUCAGUGUUUCAUAUCCAUUCAAAGAAACAUUGCGUAGUUUUUCUCUGUGUGUGCUGAAGCGGUGACUCUCGAGACGGGACGACAGUAUGUCAGACAAAACAGGGUGGUUUUUAAAUGAAUUCACAAGCAAAGAAAUGUACGUAAGCGUCGGAAUGUAUGGACUCGAGAUAGAGGCAAUCAUCCUCCACACCUGCAGGUGGCGCAAUUGCAUGCUCUCUGCAGUGGCUUCAUCCAGAACCCCAACAGACUGUUGGCGCCUUUGCCCCCCCAGGCCGGGUGCGACAUUAUGGGUGUUGAGUCUGGAAGCAGAGGGCCUUCUUCUGGUGCCUAGACCAUGGAGCCGCAUUGCUGGUCCCUCUCUCUCUCUGUCGAAAGAUCCUCGUUCACUAUGUUUACCAUGGCUGCCAAGAGGCCAAACUGUUUUAGCGUGUUUGCUUUGUCGUUCAUUUCUUUUCCCUCUGUUACUUCUGGCACAAGAUGUUGUUACAGUGCGUAAAAAAACAAACAAAAAAAAAUUGCUCAUGAUAACGUCGUCAGUCUGAUGUGUGCAUGGAGACAAAAUCAAAGUAAAAGAGAUGUUUUUUAUUUAAAUAAAAGGAUAUAAGAACUAAUGAAUAUCUGCACACGUUUUGCAGAGGGACCGUUGGCGAUGACUACGGCUUAGAUUUUAAUGUGUGAGAGCGAGAUUAGCGUGUAGCGUUGAUUUCCUCGUUCCACCACUGGCAGGUGUUCAGGCCAGUUGUAUUUGUAUAGAUCUAUACUCGGCCUCUGAGGAGGUUGACCAACACAUAAAAAUAAAAAUCGUCUCGCAAGGGGACAUCACUGUACAAAUUGAAAAGGAUUUAUUGUUUUCACAGAAGCAAGAAAA